AUGCUUUCUCAUUCUUCGGAUCCGCACGCAAUCAAAAUGGCAAAUCGACUGAUCAAUGAUGAAGUAAAGAUUGCUUUCUUCUCCAAACAUGGCGCCGACGCCAAACCUGUCUCAAAUGAGACGAUGGGCGUCAUUGUCAAUGGCAUUCGUACCGGUAUUCAGCGUUGUGUAGACCGAAAAAAGGAUGUAGAUAUGUUCUGUUGCCUGCAGGGAGAUCGGUACAUUCCCAAUGCGCGUCCAAUUCUUUUGUACGACCUGGAUGCGACCAUGGUUUCUGCUGCCAAUGGACAUCUUCGGUUUUUGACGAACCAAGGAGGCCACAUCCUCAACGUUAUCGUCAGCGGCGGGGCCAACAGUUUUGAAAUGGGGCGUGAUGUUCCUCGGUCGGCUGGCCAUGCUGGAGUUCCCCAUGCUGUUGCCCCCCCAGCCCCUGCUCCCCCAGCCCCUGCUGCUGCUGCUUCCAAACCAAAAGCCAAACCGGCCAGUAAAGAGAACCGCAAACGCAACAAGAUGCGCCCUUUGCCUGAAUCUCCAAGUGAGAGCGAAGAGGAGCCCCAAGAAAUCCAGCCGCGACGCCACCGAAACCACCGCAACCAACAAUGCAAAGUGCCGCCAAAGGAUCUUCUAGACAGCUCUUCAGAUUCAUCGGAAGCCCAAGAUUUGAAGCACUUCUCCCAGCUGACUGGCCGUGGCCGCCAUAGCGGUGGCCGUAACAAUCGUUGAAAAUACCAUUGUCUAUUGAUUGACGGAGUCAGUUCGGUUGAUGUUGGAU